UAGUUACACACUACAGUGGGAUAGCCCACCACUGACGUGUAUGUGGGUGGGGACAAUCAGCCGAUAUUUAGCCGAAGCUGACAUUGAGGAUUGUCACAACCAGUCAUGGACUGUCUCUGGAUCCUGAGCUGCACUCUGUGUGUCCUCCUGAGCUGGAUGAAUGUGGAUCAAGCGGUGGCUGAACCCCAGUACCUGGUGGCCAUUCCUGCAGUUAUUGAAGCUGGAGCUGAGGCCAAAUUCUGUGCAACUCUCCGACAGCCCAGUGGGACUCUGGUCAUGACUGUCACUUUGAAGUCCCGAGAGAAGAACACGACCUUAUUCACACAUACCUCAAAUGAAGAAUUUCAAACCUGUGUUCAGUUUAAGGCUCCUUUGGUACAAAAGGAGGUGCAAAUUUUUCAGGUGGAGGUACGAGGAGACACAUUUUACUCCAAACAAGUCAGAAAAGUGAUGAUCCAAGCGUAUGAUCCCUUCACAUUCAUUCAAACAGACAAACCCAUCUACCUCCCUGGACAAAAAGUGAAUUUCAGAGUCGUUACGAUGGAUAAUAAAAUGCGACCUGCCAAUCAGCUGUAUGAUGUCAUUGAACUUCAGGAUCCAAAUAGUAACAGGAUUGGACAGUGGCUAAAUGAAACAUCCAACAGCAGAAUACUGCAGCUUUCUUACUCCUUGGACACUGAGGCCCGUGAGGGACCGUACCAGAUCAUUGUGUCAAUGGGUGAGAGGAACAUAUCUCACAAUUUUAAAGUGGAGAAGUAUGUUUUACCCAAAUUUGAUGUGACAGUAAAUAUAUCUGAAGAAGUGAGUAUUGGGCAGGAAGACAUUGAAGCUGAAGUGUGUGCAAAGUACACGUAUGGACAGCCUGUACCAGGACGUGUUACAGUCAAUGUGUGCAGACCUAUUGAUAGGUACUUUUUCCAUGAUGUUUUGGUGCACAUCGUGGAUGAUUUGGCCCUAUUGCAGAUAAGUGCACCCUGCCACACAGAGACAAAGCAGGUACAGUUAUGGCUUUAUUUCUCUCUAACCUUUUUUCCCUGAUACUUUGGGUACAUU